AUGGCAAGCGGUUGGAGCCUCAUCAUCGGCCUCAUCAUCAUUGUGGCCGCCUCCCUGUGUGCCUGGUUCUUCAGCCCGAAGGGCGAGAACCUGACUGUCUGGCGUAGCACACUCAUCCUCUCAUUCAUCUCCUGUUACUUGAUGUGGGCCAUUGUCUUCCUGGCUCAGUGGCACCCCCUCAUCGCGCCAAAGAGGGCCGAUAUCCGUCCCGACCGUGUACCGGAGUAA